UAAUUGAUCUGUAUUCUCAUUGGACAAUGGACAUUUGUGUUGGAUAUAUUUUCAUAAUUUUUCGAAGUUCUUAGAAAACAUGAACAGGAUUUCAGAUGAAUAGAAAGUAGACUAACAAAUUUUUACGCGGGUAGUCUGCCUCUAAAAAUCCGCUUAGUUUGUAGAUUGCAUAAAGGAAAUGUACUAUAGCCUUUUUUAUGUCAAUAACGGAUAACCAACUCAACAGCAUAAAACUGUCUGGUUUUAAUUGGGUUAACUAAUAUUAAUAAAUAGAAUUAAGAGUAUCGUGAAGGCUGGUUACGUUAAGUAUUUUGAGAGUCGCAUUAACUAAGAAAUAUGGGUGUUCCGAAGUUUUUCAGAUAUACCAGUGAAAGGUACCCUUGUCUAAAUGAGUUGGUGAAGCAAUAUCAGAUUCCCGACUUUGAUAACAUGUAUUUGGAUAUGAAUGGCAUUAUACAUAACUGCUCACAUCCUGAUGACUCAAAUCCACAUUUCCGAAUCACGGAAGAGAAAAUAUUUAAGGAUAUUUUUCAUUAUUUAAGUAUUUUAUUUCAAAUUAUUAAGCCAAAGAAGCUUUUCUUCAUGGCUAUUGAUGGUGUUGCUCCAAGGGCCAAAAUGAAUCAGCAGAGAGGUCGACGAUUCCGAUCUGCAAGGGAAGCAGAAGAAUUAGAAGCUCAGGCUAAGGCUAAAGGAGAAGUACUGCCAACUGAAAAGAGAUUUGACAGCAACUGUAUUACACCUGGAACUGUUUUUAUGGCAAGGCUCCAUGAGCAAUUGAAAUAUUUUGUAAAAAUGAAGAUUACCAAGGAUCCAUUAUGGUCAAAAGUUAAAGUGAUUUUAUCUGGACAUGAGACUCCCGGAGAAGGUGAACAUAAAAUUAUGGAUUAUAUUCGUUGGGCUCGUUCUCAACCAGACUAUGACCCAAACACUCGCCAUUGUUUGUAUGGACUUGAUGCCGAUCUCAUUAUGUUGGGAAUGUGUACUCAUGAACCACACUUUGCUUUACUAAGAGAAGAGGUAAAAUUUGGCAAAACAACCCAAAAAGCGACCAGCCCUGAAGAGACCAACUUCUACCUUUUGCAUUUAUCUUUACUCCGAGAGUAUUUAGAACAGGAAUUCAUAUCUAUAAAAGAAAAUCUUCCAUUUAAAUAUGACAUUGAGAAAAUUGUUGAUGAUUGGGUCUUAAUGGGCUUUCUGGUUGGAAAUGACUUUAUUCCCAACUUACCGAAUAUGCAUAUAAGUAAUGAUGCAUUGCCACUAUUGUAUAAGACAUAUAUGACUGUUCUACCUACUUUAGAUGGAUAUAUAAAUGAAGCCGGUGACCUGAACCUCGCUAGGUUUGAAGUGUUCAUGCAAGAGUUGGCCAAAAUAGAUAAAGAGAAGUUUCAAGAUACAUAUGCAGACCUGAAAUAUUUUGAAAUGAAAACUGGAAGACGGCCUAAUGCUAAUGAGAGAAAAGAGUACAAACCAAACAAUGAUGACACGUUCAACGUAAACUUAGACGAUAUAAAGGCAAACAAACCAGAUGAUGAGUUACAAGCUCUCAUCAACGCUACACAAGAAAUGUUCUUGGACGACGUCGCAGUUGAUGAUGAUGAAUAUGAAGAAACAAGUGACGAGGAGGCAACCAUUGAAAUGGAGUUCAUAUUACACAAAAAGGACUAUUAUAUGAACAAAUUGGAUUAUUCUAAAGUUACUGAUGAAGUACUAGCUGACCAAGCCGAAGGCUAUGUGCGUGCGAUACAAUGGAACCUAUUCUAUUACUAUAAGGGGUGUCCCUCCUGGUGCUGGUAUUAUCCGCACCACUACGCACCAUAUAUAUCAGAUAUUAAGGGAUUUAAGGAUUUGAAAAUUGAGUUUGAGUUGGGCGAUCCGUUUAAACCAUUUGAACAGCUGUUGGCAGUAUUACCAGCAGCAAGUAAGCAUCUCCUACCGACUCCAUUCCAUGACCUGAUGACGGAUGAGGAUUCACCAAUCGUACAUUACUACCCCAUACACUUUGAAACAGAUCUGAAUGGAAAGAAGAACGAUUGGGAGGCUGUUGUCUUGAUACCAUUUAUUGACGAGGUCAAUCUCUUAUCAGCGAUGUCGCCCUGUUAUCAGCGUUUGACGGAAGAAGAGCUUAAGCGUAAUAUGCACGGACCUAUGCUCGUAUAUAACUGGAGUUCUACAUCUGUAGGUACAGCGCAGGCACCUGACUUUUUCCCACCAAUAUCCUGUCAUGCAAUAGAACAGGCUGUAUUCCGGACAGAACUGGAAGUGAGCGAAGAGAACCUAAAAAGAGGAAUGUUGCCAAAUGCGCAGAGGGAUCUCUUGUUCCCCGGCUUCCCAACGAUGCGUCACUUGAAGUAUCAGACACAAUUAAGAAAAUGCAAGGUUAAAGUAUUCGACCAGCCCUCGCGCAAUGAGAACAUGAUAGUGCAAGUAUUGCCCGAAGAAGACACAAACCCACCUCUUCAGGAGUUGGCUCUUGGUUUACUGGGGAAGGUCAUAUGGGUUGGCUGGCCGCAUCUUACUAGAGCCAAAGUAAUAUCCGUAUCAAAUGAGAAAGCUCGUCUGCAUCACAACGACGCACAAACCCCAAUAGGUCUUCAUUACUCGACGGAACAAAAUACGGGAAACCUUCACAAACAAUGGAUCUCUGAGCGGUCUACUAUUAUUGAACAUAAUAUGAAUCGUCUAGGAAUAGAACUCGGUGACGUCACUGUGAUCGUGCAUGCCAAAAACUUAAAAGGUUAUAAAUACGUAAUUCGAGACAACGUCCGCAUGGCUAUGGAGGAGGAGUGGUGCGAUACACCUUGUGGGUACGCCUUUCAGGCUAUAGUGGCUAAUGCCAAGGCUUCAGAGCUGAAACCUCCUGCUAAAUAUCUCACUCCGACGGAGGCCUACCCCACGGGAGAUUCCGUGUUCCUAUUGACGCAGGGACAGUACUAUGGAUGUCUUGCAACGGUGGUAAAUGCGGACGCGGCUCGUAGCGGGCGUAUCAAGGUGUGCGUACGAGAGGCCACAGAACCCGUGCCACGGGCUCAAGCCGCCGCUUGCGCUUAUCGCUCCGCUAAUCACGCCGCUGCUGCUUGUGGUAUAUCUGCACAAAUGCUCUCGCGCAUAACAGGAUCGAUUCUCGUGAUUUCGGGAGUACGGAAUGACUUACCAACGGAGACACAGUCAAAGAUCAAUAUUGGACUCAAUCUUAAGUUUAAUAAAAAGAACCAAGAAGUAUCAGGUUACACCCGCCGGUGUAAAGUGACAAACUCAUGGACAUACUCGGAACGGUGUGUGGAGUUGGUGAAAAGUUAUGCUAGGGAAUAUCCAGAAUUGUUCGACAAACUUGCCUAUACAAUGAACCGGGAUGUAUUCUUUGAAGGCGAUUUGUGGCCUGAUGCAGUGGGUCAAAGUAAACCUCAAGAAGUCCAAAAAUGGCUGAAAACGCAACCCCAUAACGGUGCAGCACGCAGACAGUGUGGUUCCGAAGCUCUAGAGCCGGAGGAGAUGAAAGCUAUUUGGAACAAUUUAGAGAGACAGCUGAAAGAGAUGAGCAGUCAAAAAACUGUUAAUUUGAGUGUCAAGUGGAAUGUAUUGUAUAAGCCGGAAUUGCACGAGGGCAACAUAGCGCCGGAUUCACAUGCUGACUACAAAAUGUACGACCGCAUAGUAUGUGUUGCUCGUAAUAUAACUGUGCCGCUUGGGGCUAAAGGCACAGUAACAGCGAUCUAUCAACCAACUGAUGGCAAUACUGUGCGGCUAUCGGAUAAAAUGAACGCUCAACCUACGUAUCAGGUGAUGUUCGACGAACCGUUUGCAGGCGCCAUGUCUGAAGAUCUGUUUGAAGAAUCUAGAUUUUAUAGAAUGCUACCAACGAACAUGUUGAAUAUAUCCUACGGGCGUCAAAUCCGAAUUGAACAAACGGACAACAACGAAGAUACAAAUUCGUGGGGCUUCACACAACCGCUCGCUGUUCUUCGCAGAGACAACACACACCACUCCGCGUUCGCCAGUUAUAGUCCCCCGUGGGAGAUGAAGCCAGCUACUCCGGAAGCAAAAACACCAGAGGCGACUAAUGGCGGACAUAAGGAAGAUCCGACGACACUCUUGAGAAGUCUCCUGAAAAUAAGUGAAAAUGCAACAGACCAGACAAAACAGAAUAAGAACAAGGAUGAGGUGAACUCCAAUUGGAGAAGUAAGGACAAACAACAGUCAGUACCCCAAGCGAACACUGUACAUCCGUUUUGGAAUUUUUUGUCUGGGACUCAGCCACAAAAUUGGAGAAAGGAUACUGAAUACAGACCCCCAGUGCCUCAUAGCGAUUGGGUGAAUUCCAACUCUAAUUAUUACAAGAAUCAACCACAAGCACCUCCAUUCGUCCCUUUUGCUCCACAAUAUCCGCCCCCGCAGUAUCGUCCCAAGAACAAUUUCCCAAAACAUUUGCCCAGCGUGAGCAAUUUACUUCCCAGUUGGACGCAGAACACUCCAGCGCCAUUCCAGCAUAACCAAGCGAAUGAAAUCCCAUCAAAUGGCCAAUCCAACCAAACCAACCAAUCACGGACUAACCAGGGCGUGAAUAACCCUUUCGUGCCUUUACAAGUGCAGACUAGUCAAAGACGAGCCCACAAUGUCAACCAGCCUCCUCGUAACAUGGAGAGUCAGCCACCAACACAAUCAUCGCUACCCAAGCCUCAGCCUGUUGUGCCUCAGGCACCACAGAAUAAUCAACCUCCAACAAAUAGGACUAAAAAGAGGAAACCCAGAAUAGCGGCCAAUCUACCUUUUCAGUAUGACUGAAUAUGUCAACUGUCAGUUGUCAAAUUCGAUCGAUUAAAAGUACAUUAUAAUAAGAUCAAAGAUGUGACUCAACAUAUUUUAAAUAACUUUUAAACUAUAAAAAUUAUAUUUUAGAUAUGUGAAUGUAUUAUGUCAAAACUAUUUUCUUUGUGACAAUUGACAAUCAAGACUUGAUGAUGAUUAAUGUCACGAAUAUUUUUAAUAUCUUGUUCUUUGUUUAUAUCAAACGAAUUUAUGAAUUUGAGUCGGUUUUUAAUAAUUUUAUAUUAAAUGCGAUAUUUUUUAUGGCGUUCAAUAUACAAAAUGACUAUACGGAAAAUAUAAAUCAUUCUAUGAAACAGAUCUAGGGAAUAUGAAUUUUAAACCCUAAUAUAAUAAUUGAGGGAAAGUCGCAUUUCAUAAAAUAAUUAUUACCAACUAAUAUAUGAAAUUCAUUUGUUUUUGGACAAUUUUUAAUUACGAUAUAUUACGGUAAUCGAUUACUACGUUUAUUUACGUUCAAGUCUGAUAUUAAAUCUUGUCAAUGUGUUACAUAUUUUUAUAAUUUAUUUUUUUAAGAAAUUGUAUAUUUUAUUAUUGACGUGUUGAUGAUGACUAUAAAUAGUUCCUUGAUGUCUUAGAAAUUAAAUGUUGUGUGUGUUUAAGAAGUUAAAAAACAGUCAUCUUGUAAUAAUGUCAUAAUAUAUUGAAUAAACUGAUAUAUUCUAAAUAAGUUUAUUAAUUUGAUCAAGGGCUGUCUUCAUCUAGAUUCACAUACUUUAGUAAUGUUUGACACUCUUUUUAUACGAACAUGAUAAGGACAAAACAUUCAUUUCAUUUGAAGCUUUUUAUCUAAGGGCCCUAAACGUUUUUGGCCUUUGGGUACUUUGUGUAGGCGUACUACGCACUAAUGACAAUUGAAUCACGUGACCAAAUGUUAGCUAAUCACAGUCCCACAGAUCUAGAGGACCUUGCUCAAACGUGAAUAAUAACAUUUAAGUAUAUAAGUUGAUGUUAUAAUGUAUCUAGAUGUCUAUGCCCUCUUAAAAUUAAUAUAGGGAUAUAAAAUUGACAUAAUAAUAGUAUCAAUUUAAUUAGUGUUAUAUUAAAAUGUUUAUCGUAUAAAAUCAAGUGUAUAAAAAUAUUAAAAAUUGUUUUUCCGACAGUACAAUGUAUGUGAACUAAAAUAAAUGUAUAAUAAUGAUAAGUACAAUAGAAUUGUCAGCUGUUUAUUAUAUGCAUUACAUCACUGCCUUAUUUAACAUUAUUUUUACUUCCUUUUGAAAUAAAAUGACAAAACAAUCUUUAAGUUGUUGAGGCUUUUAUGAGACCGUGUGUUCGACAUAGUAUUAAAUGUGAAAUUUGUUUAACCAAACAUAAUCUUUAAAAGAAAUUAUUUAGUUACGUUAGUAGUUCAAUGAAUUAUAAUCCGGUUUCAAUGAAUUUACAUAAAAAUCUUUACAGCUCCUCCAGUACCUUGCAACUCAGAUGUUAUGAAAACGUAUGUUAUGUUACGUAAACGUAAAGUAUCAUUAAAAAAAGUUAAACAAUUUUACAUUGACGUAUAUAGGUUUAAUACUCUGUGAAUCUCCGGGUCGAUUAAACGCGGAUCGUUUGUUUGUCAUUGGUCAAACAGAAAGAUCGUGUCACGUGUCUAUGGUGAAACUGGGCUGUCACAAUCAGACGUUUCUUGUUUUCUUUUACAUAAGACAAGCUUAGUACAAUGAAUGCGCUUGAGUUUAAAUUAUCCCUAGUUUUUACUGCUAACUGGCUAUUUUAUAUUUUUUUGUGGUAUCCUUAUUCAUAAACGUACUACAUGCUUAUAUUGUGUUUGGAUUAAAUGGACAAAAGCAGGACUUUGCUUUUAGUACGUUUAUAAAUAACUGAAAGUACAAAAGUUGUAUUUUUGUUUUUUAGAAUGAAAUAAAGUUUUGA